GCGGAAGAGCUUGUGGGCUCUGCGCACCGGAGUCCCGGGACCGCUGAAGGGCUGCCCGGGGAACAGGACCGGGUCACUGGGGGCGGGACGGCCACGCUCCGGUGUCGGGCCGCGGCUCUGAGGGAUGAGGAGGGGCCAUGGCCAGCGACGGGGCCAGGAAGCAGUUCUGGAAGCGCAGCAACAGCAAGGUCCCGGGCAGCAUCCAGCACGUGUAUGGGGCCCAGCACCCCCCUUUCGACCCACUGCUGCAUGGCACGUCCACGGAAGUUCCAGGAAUCCCCAGGGAGAGGAACAUGUUUUCUUCUUGCUCAAGUCCACCCCCAAGCUGCCGAGCACGCCAGUGAAGGCCAAGCGAGGCAGCACCUUCCAGGAGUUUGAGAGCAACACCAGUGACGCCUGGGAUGCCGGGGAGGACGACGGUGAGCUGCUGGCCAUGGCGGCCGAGAGCCUGAACUCUGAGGUGGUCAUGGAGACAGCCCACCGUGUCCUGCGGAACCACAGCCAGCGGCAGGAGCCGCACAGGCUGCAGGAGGCCUUGCCACCUGAGGAGAGGCCUGAGCCUUGGGCACAGCCUCCCCCAGCCCCCAGCGGCGGUGGCGGUGAUCCCCGGCUGGUGAAGUCUGUCAGCGAGAGCCAUGCGCCCCGACCUGCAGACAGUGGCAAUGAGACCGGCCCCCUGCAGCGGUCACAGUCUCUCCCCCAUUCCUCAACGGUGGCUCUGAGCGGUGGGGCGUCCGACCACAGUGCCCUCAGCAACUCGGCCCUGAGCGAGAGGGAGGCCUCCCGGCUCGACAAGUUCAAGCAGCUCCUUGCUGGGCCCAACACAGACCUUGAGGAAUUACGGAAGUUGAGCUGGUCCGGGAUCCCUAAGCCUGUCCGUCCAAUCACAUGGAAGCUUCUCUCUGGCUACCUUCCUGCCAAUGUCGACCGAAGACCAGCCACUCUCCAGAGAAAACAAAAAGAAUACUUUGCUUUCAUUGAGCACUAUUAUGAUUCUAGGAAUGAUGAAGUUCACCACGAUACAUAUAGACAGAUCCACAUAGAUAUCCCUCGGAUGAGCCCGGAGGCUUUAACACUUCAACCCAAAGUGACAGAGAUUUUUGAGAGGAUAUUAUUUAUCUGGGCGAUUCGUCACCCGGCCAGCGGCUACGUCCAGGGGAUGAACGACCUGGUCACUCCUUUCUUUGUGGUCUUCAUUUGCGAGCACAUAGACGAGGAGGACGUGGACACCGUGGACGUCUCCCACGUGCCUGCGGAUGUGCUACGCAACAUCGAGGCCGAUACCUACUGGUGCAUGAGCCGGCUGCUGGACGGCAUUCAGGACAACUACACCUUUGCCCAGCCUGGAAUUCAGAUGAAAGUGAAAAUAUUGGAAGAACUUGUGAGCCGAAUUGAUGAACAAGUGCACCGGCACCUGGAGCAGCACGAGGUGAAGUACCUGCAGUUCGCCUUCCGCUGGAUGAACAACCUGCUGAUGCGGGAGCUGCCCCUGCGCUGCACUGUCCGCCUGUGGGACACCUACCAGGUACCCGCCCGGAAGCUGAGCAUGACACACAGGAUGGCGACAGCCCUUUACAGCGGGCUUCACACAGACCAAAAUCCACUCACAAGAAUUUAGUUUUGUCUGUUCUAGAAUUUUACCUAAGUGGAAUAAUAUGGUAUGUGCUCUCUUGUGUCUGGCUUCUUUUGCUGUUGUCAUUUGAGAUUCAUCCGUGUUUUUGCGUUAACAGUAGUUUGUGCAUUUUUAUGGCUUAUGGAUUGAAUUGUGUCCCCCAAAAAUACAUGUGUCAACUUGACCAGGUUAUGAUUCCUAGUAUUGUGUGAUUGUCCCCCAUUUUCUCAUCCGAUGUGAUUUUCCUGUGUGUUGUAAAUCCUACCUUUAUGAUGUUAAUGAGGAAGAAUUAGAGGCAGUUAUGUUAAUGAGGCAGGAUCCAGUGAGAUUAGGUUGUAUUUUGAGCCAAUCUCUUUUGAGAUAUAAAAGGGAGAAGCAAGCGGAGAGACAGGGGGACCUCAUGCCACCAAGAAAGCAGUGCCAGGAGCAGAGUAUAUCCUUUGGACCUGGGGUUGCUGUGCGGAGAUGCUCCUAGACCAAGGGAAGAUUGAUGACAAGGACUUCCUCCAGAGCUGACAGGGAGAGAAAGCCUUCCCCUGGAGCUGAUGCCCUGAAUUUGGACUUCCAGCCUCCUAGACUGUGAGAGAUUAAAUUUAUGUUUGUUAAAGUCAUCCACUUGGGGUGUUUCUGUUACAGCAGCACUAGAUGACUAAACCAAUGGCUGAGUAACAUUUCAUCAUGCUCGGUUAAGUAGAGGGUCAGCGGAAAAGAGGAAUGCCCUCAACGAGAUGGAUUGACACAGUGGCUGUAACAACGGGCUCAAACAUAGCAACGAUUCUGAGGACGGCGCAGGACCAGGCAGUGUUUUGUUCUGUUGUACAUGGGGUCAUUAUGAGUCAGAGCAGACCCGAUGGCACCUAACGACAACAUUUCAUUACAUGGCUGUACCACAUGACACCUGUUGAGGGAUACUACAGUGUCUCCAGUUGUGCUUUAUUGACACACAGAGCUGCUGUGAGCACUCGGUGCAGUCUGUGUGUGAACACAGGCUUUCGUCCCUCCAGGGUGAAUACCUGGGAGUGGAUGGCUGCAUUGUGAGGUAGGCGCUGGCUGUAGGUUUAACUUUCUGGAACACUGCCAACACUUGUCCAAAGAGGCUGGGCCACCUUACGCUCAUGCCGGCCAUGGGUGUCCACUGGGUGUCCACCACAUCCAGCCCUGAACUCUAACAGACGCACCAAGAUGGCGCAUGGAAUUCAGACGUGCCUCUGGUGGUGACCAGAACACCUGGAGCUGUCAGACUUCUUCAGCAACAGGACAGAAGCAGCACUCUGUGGCCCGGCGUCUGCCUAAACCUUUAGCGUUUUGUGGUUUUGCAUCAGGGAAUCCUGAACCCAGGCCCCAGCUGCUUGGUAAGAAGGAGAGAGCGCUUUAGGAGUACCUCCCUCACAUCAUCAGGCUGCUUUCCUCCCUGUCUUGAAGUUAGAAAGGGUGACAAGGGAAGCCCCCGCUUUUUGCCAUCAAGCAGAACCUGUGCUAAUCUCUGGCUGUGGUUCUCAGACUGCGCCCCCGGCCUCCCCCAAUCACAGACCUACUGGUCAGAGCCUCUGGGGGUGGGCCCAGCCACCUGUGCUUUAACAGACCCCCGGUUCCAGGUGAUUCUGAUGCAGCUAGGUUGGAGGCUGGUACUCUGUGCGAUGGCGGAGAGGACAAGAGGGGUUUCUCCGCGCCAGCGCCCCUCUUUCCAGGAGGCCACAGAAACGGCCCCUAGUCGGGUAUGUUUGGCCAGUGCAGGGUCAAGCUGAGCGCUUCCUGCAGGGUUUCCCAGGCCUUGAACGUGCUCAGACUCACUGGACUGCCCAGGGUGGGAAAGGGUAGGGCACCUCUCACACUUAGUGACAGUGAUGCUCCCAGGCCUUGAACAUGCUCAGACUCACUGGACUGCCCAGGGUGGGAAAGGGUAGGGCACCCCUCCCACUUAGUGACGGUGAUGCUCCCAGGCCUUGAACGUGCUCAGACUCACUGGACUGCCCAGGGUGGGAAAAGGCAGGGCACCCCUCCCACUUAGUGACCGUGGCACUCUCAGGCCAGCAGUCAGUGCUGCCCUCUGCGCUGUGUGAAGCAGCUGGGCUGUGACCCUCUAAGUGAAUGCUCUAUUGCCCCUCAUCCCGACUCCAGGAGACUUCCUUCCUGCCACCGUUGCUGUCAUUAUGCUGGCACAGCUGGCCUGUGUCCAGGAGCCCGCACACUCUCCACCGAGCUGGCGUUCCCUGGGCCUUGUGUCCAUGCGCCUGACCGGAGGGGCGUCUACUGACAGUAUUGAAGUUUGAGAUGAUAAGGAAAAGGGUUUUUCUCAGAGUGAAUGUUCGGUUGAAUCAGCAGUGGGAGAUAAAGCAGAGUUGAUUUUCAUCAUUUCCAUUGAUGGGCUUGCCUGCACGCAUGUUUGAUGUGGUCCCUGCCCUGGGCCUUUGCUUAGUCUCCCAUUGCCAAGCGUAGCAGCCAUGGGACCGCCAAGCAAGCAGGGCUCUGUCCUGCCCUCUCCACAUGGAGCCCUGGGCCCUGGCCCAGCUCCCUUCCACCUGGGGAGGCCCUGGCCCAGCUCCCUUCCACCUGGGGAGGCCCUGGCCCAGCUCCCCUCCACCUGGGGAGGCCUUGGCCCCAUGCCUCCUCCAGGGGUCUUCCAAGUGAGCAACCCCUUUUCCCAGGGGCUUUCUGCUCCCUGUCACCUCACAAAGCAAGUGGGUCUCACACAAAGAAAUAUCCAAAUAUGAAUUAAGGCUAAAUUACUAAGGAAGUAUUGCAAGUCUUCAUUUCUUGAAUAUUAAAAAUGGGAAUACAUAUGCAAAUGAAUUUUAAUCAGCCCCAUUCUCACCUUCCAGCAUUCAGCUGAUCCUUGCUUUGUGAGGCUGCUUCCUGGGGGAGGAGGGGCGCCAAGGGGCAUGUCCUCCCACCCAACUCGGCCAGGCUUUUUCACUUUGUGGAAAAUGACUCCAAAGUUCCUAAUUGUUCCACUCUUCCUAGGUUUCAGGCCACUUUACAACUUAUUAUUAUGUUCCUCCUUUGCUGGAGCCAGCAUGGUAGCAGCAGAAAUGGUAGCCGGCGUGCCCACAGGGCCUAGGGCUUAGGUUCACACUGCUGCUUCCCAGCUGUGGUAGAAUGGCCUGGAGGGUCCUCAGCCCAGCCUGAGCCUCCUGGUCCUCAGUGUGACAGGAUGGGUGUCCCCCACUGGGCUGUGGGGAGCUCAGGGCACAGCAUCUGGUGUGCAAGCUCCCUUUGCAUCCUGUGGAAGGCAGUGAAGCCAGGCGAGGGGCAGGCUCGUGCCGCCUAUGUCAGCUCUGCCCAGUGCUAGGUUUGUGGCCAUGGUUGACAGUGAGGCUCCUGGCCCCCUCUCCCCUAACUCUAGGAUAGCAGUCAUUGCUGCGUCCACCUCACAGGGCUGGGCAGAGUGUCCACCAGGCCUUCUCACACUGGGCAGCACCCUCCCCCCUCGAACCCUCUGGAAUCCUGCCACCCAAGUGUGAGAACCUCUCACAUGCGGAGUCACCUCUGAGCUCCAGAAUGGGAGGCAGCCCUUGGGAAUGAUCGGGACACCUGGUCUCACAGCCCUGGAGGGCCAGCCUACAUGCAGGCUGGGGUGCUCAUGCAGGGGUGGCCCCCUGCUCGAGGAGGAACAACCUUGCCCCUGUGCUUAGCCCGCACGGCAGCCCCUUGGGGUACCUGGACACAUUCGGGGAGAGCAGGGGCACCUCCGGGCAGGCCUGGUGUCCUUCCCAUGUGUGUUCCUGGCCAAGAAGCUGCUGUCCCCUGGGGGCUGGGCCCUCCCCACCAUCACGCAGAGCCCGCUGGCUGCCCUGGGCAGGGCUGUCCAUGGGAAGCCACUCUGCUUUGUAAAGGCAGGGUUAGGGAAAUUGAAGCCCCUGUUGAGUGUCUCUGCAGACUGGCUCUUGUGCUCAACCUGGUUAAUGUCAGGAGGGAUUAAAUGCUUCGCGCUGAUCCGUUUCCUGAUGGCGUUUUAUCCUGCGUAAAGAGAUGUGGUGCGUUCUCAGAAAACAGCAUUCCUUUUCUCACUGAUGGGAAGGCACUGUCAUCAGUGAACUACCAAGACUGGGCCUGCCUCGCCCAGCAGUGGACACAGCCCGGGCUGCCCCUGGGUACCCCGGGUCCUGCCAUCCUGGCCACCACCUCGAGUCCCAGGAACACCUGGGUCUUCCUGAACUCGGAGAGUCUCUGCUGCCAGCUCCUUUUGUCUCCUUUGUGCUCAGAACCUCAGCUCAUUAAGGUGUCAGGAAUGUGCGUCUUUUAAUUAAAUUUCACAAAGAAUAAACGUUAACUCUAGCGGUGUCUUUAAUUUCCUCCUUGCCGUUGACAGAGUCUUUUGAAAAAUGUACUGUAUACUUUAAUCACCGUCAUUACAGAGAGAGUAACGUACCCAUGCAUUCUUCAACGAGAGGAAUCAGUUAUCAAUCGUGGUUUUGUGAGUCUCUUUCUGGUUCCUGACCAACAUUGGUGAAGGGUUAAGAAGUCCCAACUCCAGCUUCAGAGCAGUGGUGGCAGAGCCGACUCUGCACAGGUGUUAACUUUCUGAGCGGAAGCAGAAAGCGGGGACCCUCUCAGGAUGCCCCUGCCUCCAGCUGGGCCCCUCCUGGACCUGCUUCUGUGGGGGCCUUGUUUUCUCCCCAUCCUCCUGCCCUGUCCCUUGGGGGCAGGCGUGUCAAGAAGUAAACAUUUUUAAAGAUUUUAUUUUAUUGUGGUUGUUUCUCCGUGAAGACUUUGUUGUUGUUGUUGUAGGUGCCGUGGACUCGAUUCUGACUCACAGCGACCCUAUAGGACAGAGUAGAACUGCCGGACAGGGUUUCCAAGGAGCAGCUGGUGUGGAUUUCAACUGCUGACCAUUUGGUUAGCAGCCAAAACCACUGCUGCUAUCCACUGUGCCUCCAUUAAAACAAAAACCCAAACCCAUUGCCCAGUCGAUUCCGACUCAGGACGACUGCAUGUGUUACAGAGUAGAAUUGCUCCGUUGGGUUCUUGUGACUCUAAUCUUACAGAAAGGAGCCUUGAUGGUGCAAUGGUUAAGUGCUAGGCUGCUGACCACAAAGUUGGUAUUUUGUACCGACCUAGCGGCUCUGCAGGAGAAAAGACUUGGGAGUCUGCUCCUUUACAGAUUACGUCCAAGAAAACCCCAUAGGGCGGUUCUGCUCUGACACAGGGAGUUGCUAUGAGUGGAAAUUGACCUGAUGGCACACAGCAACAACAGUCUUUAUGGAAGUGGAUCAUCAGGGCCUUUCUUUCGCAGUGCCGCUGGGUGGGCUUGAACCUUCAACCUUUCAGUUAGCAGCUGCGUGCAAACUGUUUGCACCACCCAGGGACCUUCACCGGAUUGAUUGACUCUCUGGUGGAGACCUAAGGGGUCAUAUCCUCAGAUUUUCCGUUUUAUUUUAGGAGGCCAACAGGUUAAAGGCCAUUUAGUCUCUGCCCUUCACCUGCAUCUAAUUCCAAAGGUGCAAAGGGAAGGACCUGCCCCAGGCUGCUGUGCCUGGAGCCUGACCCCUGGGCGAAGCCAGCCCUCCUCACUCCCUUCCUGCUGCUGGGAAAUGGGCGCUCUCUUUUUUUUUAUUAUUACUUUAAAAAAAUUUUUUUUUUUUUGUGCUUUAAGUGAAAGUUCACAAAUCAAGUCAGUCUCUCGUACAAAAACUUAAACACACCUUGCUACAUACUCCUAGCUGCUCUCCCCCUAAUGAGACAGCACAUUCCUCCACUCCACCCUGUUAUUAUUUUUCUAAGCAAACGUGUUCAGGUAAGUCCUCAGGCAGGAACUCCUAGGCUCCUACACCACUUUCUGAAUUGUGCCCCGAGCCCCUUGGCCAACCCACAUGUCAGGUGUGGUGAGCAGGUGAGCAGGAGAAACGCUGAGGCCACUGUGGGUACGCUGAGUGAGAGGGCCUUGGAGACCUCUGGGGCAAAGGGCCCAGUAGGCAGCUGGACGCGUGGACCCAGGAAUGUGGCACCUCGCUGCGAGUCUGUGUGUCACCGGAGACUCAGAGCGCUUUCAGUAAGCCAGGGAAAAACAAGCGUAUCCAGGGUAAUAGGGAAUGGGAUUGACUUCAUGAAAAAUCCGCCAUUGUGGCUUUCCAACAACAUUUUGGGAAUUAAGCCCCUGGCCAUUAAAUAAACCAAGGUAUACGUGUUGGAAGGAGGCCUGGUUAAGUGCUUGGCUACUAACCGAAAAGUCAGUGGCUUGAACCCACCCAGCAGCUCCAUCAGGGAAAGACCUGGUGGCGUGGUCAGGUAGAGAUUACAGCCUAGGAACCCCGUGGGGCCGUUCUGCUCUGUCACAUGGAGUCCACAUGAGCCAGAGUCAGCUCAGCGGCACCCAGCAACAGCACACAUACAUGUAAAAAGGGUCCCUGCACGGCACAGUUAACACACUUGGCUGCUAACUGAAAGAUUGGGGGGUUCGUGUCCACCCAGAGGCGCCUCCAAAGAAAGGCCCAGCGACCUUCUUCUGAAAAGUCGGCCCUUGAAAACCCCGUGGAGCACAGUUCUACCCUGACACAUGGGUGGGGUCGACCCCAUGGAGCACAGUUCUACCCUGACACAGGGGUGAGGUCGACCCCGUGGAGCACCGUUCUACCCUGACACAUGGGUGGGGUCGCCAUGAGCUGGAGCCGACUCAGUGGCAGCUGGUUAGACACGUAAAGCAUGUGGUGGUUUUGUUGAAGAGAAGCACCCCAAAGUGCAUAAGAACAGUCACAAAGCAGCCACACGUGCGUGCGAGGACAUGUGGCUAGAACCCUCCCGCGGCCCCAGGCUGUGUUCUCAGAGUGUCCGCACACUGGGACGUGUGGGGCGCGCAGUAGGAGAGCAGGCAGGCAGAGCUGCAGCUGGGAGGUUGCGGAGGGCUCCACUGCCACUUCUCCAACACCCCAGGUGUGCAGAGGCUCAGACCCAGCAGAAGGACAGCUCACCCAGCAGCGUGUCACCGUCUGUCCACUCUGGGUAGGUGACAUACCUGAGUGUGAAGGGGCCGAGGUGCAUUCCAGCCCACCUGGUUGCAGGUGGUUGCCCCGGCAGGGAAUAGGGACCUUGGUGGGACGAUAGUCUCCAUCGUGGGGUUGGCUGCUUGCCUGGGGCAGCUGGCUUCUCAGCAGUGUGUUGACCCUGUGACUCUCAUAUGGAGCAGGCGUCCCUCUUGGGUGGCCAGGAGACCCUAGGCCAUGCUCUCAGUGCGCCUCAACUGGCUGUUCCAGUCUUGGCCUGCAGCCUGUCGGCCCAGUUCUUUGCCUGCCUUUAAAAAAAUCCAGUACUCCUUUAAUGCUUCUCUCUGGAUAGGUAACUGUGAAUCUUCAUUUUGAGGGGGUGGGCACUGUUAGUAAAAGCUGGGAUUUCUGCAGGUCCCCUGCUUCAUACAGGUCCCUGAUAUGCCUGGCCUGAUCCAAACCAAAAACCACCCACUGCUGUUGCGUUGAUUCUGACUCACAGCGACCCUAGAGGACAGAGUAGAACUGCCCCAUAGGGUUUCCAAGGCUGUGGUGCAGUGGUUAAGGUUCAGGCCGCUAACCAAAAGGUCGGCGGCUUGAAUCAGCCAGCUGCUCCUUGGAAACCUAUGGGGCAGCUCUACCCUGUCCUGUAGGGUUGCUAUGAGUUGGAAUCGACUUGAUGGCAAUGGGUUUCUUUUAACCUUUAUGGAAGCCAACAGUCACAUUUUUCUCCCAUGCAGCAGCUGGUGGGUUCAGACCAUCGACCUUUCUGUUAGCAGCCAAGCACUUUAAGCUAAGUUUUGGGUAAGAGCUCAGGCUGCUAACCAAAAGGUCAGCAGUUCAAAUCCACAAGCUGUUCCUUGGAAACCCUAUGGGGUGAUUCCACUCUGUCCUCUAGGGUCUCUCUGAGUCUGAAUGAACUUGACAGCAAUGGGUUAUACCCUAUUGGAUUGAGUAGAACUGCCAUAUGGUUCCUAAGGCUGUAAUCUUUACAGAAGCAGACUGCCACAUUGUUCUUUCAAGGAGUGGCUGGUGGGUUUGAACCACUGACCUUUCAGUUGGCGGCCGAGCACUUAACCACUGGGCCACCAGGCUGUCUUCCAGGGACUUUAGAGGCAGAAGACCAUUGUCAGCUCAGGUAUUGUUUUAGAUUAAUAAGGCCUCCCUCCUCCUUUAUUCAUCUGGUCCUGAAGAGGUGACUCCACAGGGGACCCAGGGGAACAAAGCAGUGGCAGUAACACGCCAGAGGAUUGAUGGGGUCUUUGUACCUUUCUGCACAGUUUCUCUUUGUGUCUGCCUCCAGGAGUCCUCGUACCGUCAGUCCCUGAGUGCUGGAGCCAGGGACAGAAACGCUCCCGCAUUAGGGCUGCUGAAGGGCCGCAGACUGGUACAGCACAUGCUUGUCUGCCCUGUUAGGGCUCAGGACAGUGGAGGGACACCAUCAGGGACGGGCUGGGACAGGCAGAGGUGCUUGGGGUGCCUGAGCCUCUGAUAGGCUGUUGUUUGAAAGAAACAAACUAAGAACAGAAAUGCAUGCCUUGCUUUGCUUGUCCUUUGGCCAGCCGAGCUGCCCGGGGACGUGGACAGACACUGCCAGGCUUGCCGUCUUGUCCGCCUGUCCAUCUUUUCAUGAGUGAUGGACCAGUCCCAGCACUGUGUGCUGAAGUGAAAGAUGAGAGUCACCACCUACCUAGGAGGUCUGCAGUUCACCUGGGCCACGGGCAGUGAUGAGUACAGAAUAGCACACCGUGCCAGGUGGAUACGUGGACCACGAGCAGUACCAAGUGCUGGGGGGACACCUGGCCACAGGCAGGCUCUGGUCUCCUGGCCCGUGCCCUUCCUUGGUAAGCUGGUGGGCAGGAGUCCAGCAUGGGGAGCCAGACUGCCCUUCUCCACAAGAACCCUCUACCAGGGUAAGCACCCGCUGUGGGCCCCACUGGCCGCCAGCCUGGUGGCCCCUCCUCAUGGCCCACCAUCUGGAGAGGACAGCCUCUGUAUGACCCUUCUCCCCUCCCCUCCCUUACGGGGACCAAGCCAACACCCAUCAGCUACUGGUCCUCAGGGAGCCAGCCCUGCCCAGGGGCAGCGUGUCCUUCUUUGAUGUCUCUGCAGCAGAGAUGAUGGUGCCCCUUCCAGGGUGGACUUCCCUGUGGGUCAUUGUUUCAGGGGCGGGCGUCUGCCUCUCACACAGGGUUUCUCCAUUGCUGAAAUUGUCCCAGAUCACCUCAUCAAGCCGAGGCGCAGGGUCACAUUGAAAUACCUGUGACAUCCGUAGACCUGGGCAGAAGCUGUUGUGGCGCUCUGUUCACGGACUUGUGUUGCAGUGAAAUGUGAUAAUUGAUGAAUAUCUGUGGAAAUGGAUAUGAUUGUGUCCUUUUUAACGAGCUAACAAUUUCAUGCUGAAAUCUCAGCAGUGCCGUUGUUUAGAAUAAAAGGAGACAUGCAGAUGAGGCCAGGGCUGCGAUUGUGAGGGAAACAAUGCCCGCAGCCUCCUUAUUGUGCCCAUUAAUUAAUUCCCAGCUGCCAGAUUCCCUGGGAAUGAACUGGAAAAAUCAUUAAAAUGAUACACGAGGUAAGGAGUCUCGAAAUUCAAAAGGUGAAGGCGAGAAUUGGUUUAAUACGUAAUUAGACAUGUUAUUUGUGACUGCACGUUUUUUUACAUGUGGCUCACUGAGGCAGGAGGGCCCUAUUUUCAGUCCAGGAUAGUUAAUAAACCCCGUUUGGGGCUGUUUUUCAACUCAUGAAGGCUCAUCAGUUUUCUUGAUAGCAUUAAGCGGCUAAUUAUAGUGCACAUUGUUAGAAUAACUCCUGCUGCAAAACCUAGUAACCCAACAAAGGUUGCAAAAGCAAGUUUUUAAAGGAGUUAAUUCCACUAAAUUACUAGCUGAAAUUUUUGGCGUUGAGACCAAACUGGAAGAGUUUCAGCAAAGAACCUCCAGGUUUCCGUGUGUUUUUGUUGCAAAUUGGAUCCAGAACACAAGCCUUGGAAACGGGUCUGCUCUGGGUCUGAGUGGUGAGAAUGGGACGUCUCCCGACCCGGCCCGAGCCCUGCUGUGGACGAGCUUGCGUGGGUGCUUCUGUCCUGCAGGAGCAUUUCUUUCUUCCGUCACGGCCUCUCUGAGCAGCCCCAGGCCUGCGCUCGGUGUGGCGCGUGUCAGACCGAUACGUAGCUGUUGGACCAGCCUCUGUGCGUGGAAGUACAUUUGGAUCCCUCCGAGCCUAAGCUCCUCAACACCACUGUCCUCGCCGGCGUCCUGCCCGUUUCUCGGACGGGCCAGGGUCAGUCUUCCCACUGCAGUGCUGUUGACUUCCGGUGUGGCCUGCCAUUCCCUGUUGUUUUGGAUUAUAUACUUAAGAUGACCCAGUGAUUCCAUUUCUGGGAAUCUAAGGGCAUAAAUGUUUUGUAAGGUUGCUGAUACUGAAGUGACAAGCUUCUGUGUAAAUACUUGAACCCCAUACUUAGGCGCUUUUUUUUUUUUUUAAUGAGGGACCAUUUUAGUAGCUGAUACCCCAGACUAUUGGAGAAAAAUAAACACGUGGUCAUCGUUAUUAGUUGCCUUCGAUUUGGCUCCAACUCAUGGCGACCUCGUGUAUAAUAGAAGGAAAUGUCGCCUGUGUCAUCUCCAUGAUCACUGGUGUGUUUGAGUCCAUUGGCUAUUGUGUCAAUCCAUCUCAUGGAAAGUUUUCCUCAUCUUCACUGGCCCUCUACUUAACCAACCACGAUAAUGUCACGGAUCGAAUUAUGUCCCCCCAAAAAUGUGUCUGUCAACUUGGUUAGGCCAUGUGUGGUUGUCCUCCAUUUUGCGAUUGUAAUAUUAUGUUAAAAGGAUUAGAGUGGGAUUGUGACACCCUUACUCAGGUCACCUCCCUGAUCCAAGGUAAAGGGAGUUUCCCUGGGGUGGGGCUUGCACCACCUUUUAUCUCUCAAGAGAUAAAAGGAAAGGGAAGCAAGCAGAGAGCUGGGGACUUCAUACCACCAAGAAAGGAGCACCAGGAGCAGAGCAUGUCCUUUGGGCCCGGGGUCCCUGCUCCUGAGAAGCUCCUUGAUCAUGGGAAGAUUGAGAACAAGGACCUUCUUCCAGAGCUGACAGAGAGAGAAAGUCUUCCCAUGGUGCUGACGCUGUGAAUUUGGACUUUUAACCUACUUUACUGUGAGAGAAUAAAUCUCUCUCUGUUAAAGCCGCCUACUUGUGGCAUUUCUGUUAUGGCAGCGCUAGAUGACCAAGACAGUGCCUUUCUAGUGAUUGGUCUUUCCUGAUGACGUGUCCAAAGUAAGGGAGCCGAAGUCUCGCCUUCCCCACUUCUAAGGAGCGUUCUGGUUGUAUUUCUUGUAAGACAGGUUUGUUCGUUCUUCUGGUAGUCUAUGGUAUAUUCAGUAUUCUUCGCCAACACCAUAAUUCAAAUGCAUCAAUCCUUCUUGAGUCUUCCUUAUUCGUUGUCCAGCUCUUGCACGCCUGUGAGGCGAUUGAAACACCAUGGCUUGGGUCAGAGGUCUUUUGCAGCAACCAGUGACCACUUAUUCAGGGCACACCAUGGACCACUCACUACGUAAACCUUGCACAUAUCAGCCCGUGUAAUCCUCCCGCAACCUCGCAGGGUGCACGGUGUCACCUAGCACAUUACAGCUGAAGCAGCUGAAGCUUAAACCAAACCAAACCUGUUGCUUUUGAGUCGAUUCCGACUCAUAGCAACCCUAUAGGACAGGGUAGAACUGCCUUAGAGGGUUUCCAAGGAGUGCCUGGUGGGGACAGAGUAGAACUGCCCCAUAGAGUUUCCAAAGAGCACCUGGCGGAUUCCAGCUGCUGACCCUUUGGUUAGCAGCGGUAGCACUUAACCGCUACUACAUCACCAGUGUUUCCAGCUGAAGCUUAGAGAGAGGAAUUAAUCCAUCUAAAGUCACGGCCAGGAAGUCGUGGAGACGGGUGAGCGUUUGAGACUGUGCUCUUCCCGACAGAUCCUUCUAGAUCCUACCACACUGUACGCAGCCUGCUUAGCCCUUGUUGGUUUUCCCAGGUCUGCUGGCUCACCUGGAGUAGGCUGCACAGUCCGCGCUAGGCGCUCUUUUUGCACAAUCAGAAUUAAACCAGGAAACCCUUAGGGAAGAGGGAAAGGAGUCAGCCUUGUGUUUCCAUCUUCUCCUUUCAAAUGGAACGCCAUCUGUUAAUCUCCCUGCGAUUCAACCUGUCAGUCCAGAAGCACUUACCACUGCUUUACGACUGUGGUCUGUGCCGGUUCUGGGAAAGAGGAACACAAACAAGUCAGUCCCAAUAAAUAAAAGUGAUUUUGGCAUUUGCAUUUCUCAGUCGGGGAGUCAGUGUGAAGCAGACAUCAAUCUUUUCCUUCCUGAAGGGGAGGCACCAUUUCUCACUGCCCGUCACUGGCUUUGAUGAUAAAGCGGGCUACGCAUCUGGCUGGGCUCAGCGCUGACCUCCUGAGACCCGCCGCCCUCUGGUCCUGCAAGGUCCACACUUGCUGUGAUGCUAGGAGCAGGCCUGCUGGACAUGGUGUGUUACUGUAUAAGAUCUCACGUGUUAAAGUGGUGAAGCACCCCGUGUGUAUAUCUGGGAGUCCAUUUUUCUCUGUCAGCCCUGAGCGUGCUCAGAAAGGGGUGUGCCUGGAGGGACCACCCAGGCAGGGGUGCAGCGGGGUAGCUGCCGAGCUUCUCUGGGAAUUUAGGGUGAAGGGGCACCAGCAGAGCCGGGGCGGCCAGCUCUCACAGGGCAAGGAGUGAGGCUGCCCCACUGCCCACCCAGGGGCGGCAGGAAGGGGUAAAACGGGGCUCCCUGCAGUGGGCCAGCUUCCACUUCGUGGCCACCCCACCCUGCAGUCUCGCCAGCACGAGGUAGGUGGCUGAUUCUUGAAAUAGCCUGUUGUAAUUUCCAUCCCAAAGUUCUUGGCUUUCAUCAGUGUGGUUCCUGGUCACACGCUUGGCCGAAAGUAGGGUACCAAGUCACAUGAGUGGCACCCCUUUUCUUGGGGAGCCUGCAUGCCACGCUCAGAUACAGGGCCUCUUUCUCUGCGCCCUCAGCCAUUUGUUGGGCCCAUUUAAUGCCGCCACCUUUCCACUGUAUGCAGUGUUCACACCUGUCGCCACCUUUCGGGGGGGGGACUGUGGUGCCUGACUCGGUUCUGUGUUCCAGCUCCCAGCACAGGGCAUUCUGCUCACAGCUGGACAGAUAGACAAGGGGGUGCCUGGCCCAAGUGAUCCGCCUCAUCUGGUGUCCUUUAGGGCCCACAUCUGUGUUCAGGUAAAGGAUGAAUGAGGCCCUGUCACCAGCCUCCUCUGGCUGUGCCUCUUGGCUUUGCCUUGGUCAGUUCAACAGACCAAAGCCCGCCCUCCAGCUGGGAGGAUGGAGCAGAGCCGUCUGCCUGUUCACAACCAAGAGCGGGUGAUGGCCCCCCACUCCUGUAUAAAGGACAGACCGACGGCUCCAGGUAGGGUUUUGGUGCUGGGGUUACAUUUGAAUGUAAAACUUAAAAAGUUCUAAAUUUAUUAAAGGCUUUUUUGGGGGGUUGGAAUAUGCAAUAGAUUUUCUAUUCUUCUCAAUUCUCUCUUAAAAUUUAAUGCUGCCAUAAAAAUGAUGGAUAACAAAUUAUUCCAGGAAAAAUGAUAUUGAAAGACUCUUCUAACUGCUGAAGCAGAAGCAGAGACCAGGUGAAGAAAUAGAUGUGACCCAGAGAGCCCACGAGGACAGAGGGAAUCUUGUGCCCAGUGGGAACCAGAUAGCUCACAAGGACAGAGGGAAUCAUGUGCCCAGUGGGAACCAGGUGAAGAAAUAGAUGUGACCCAGAGAGCCCACGGGGCCAGGGGGAAUCAUGUGCCCGGUGGGAACCAGAUGAAGGAAUAGAUGUGACCCAGGGAGCUCACGGGGACAGAGGGAAUCGUGUGCCCGGUGGGAACCAGAUGAAGGAAUAGAUGUGACCCAGGGAGCUCACGGGGACAGAGGGAAUCGUGUGCCCUGUGGGAACCAGGUGAAGAAAUAGAUGUGACCCAGAGAGCUCACGGGGACAGAGGGAAUCGUGUGCCCAGUGGGAACCAGGUGAAGAAAUAGAUGUGACCCAGAGAGCCCACGGGGACAGAGGGAAUCGUGUGCCUGGUGGGAACGAUGCACAGAAUGUUUCAGGCUUUAGAGGGGAACAAGUUUUUAUUCAUGACAUUGCAGUAGCAGAUCUAUUCUGUAGUGUUGAUAUCUUCCGUAACUUAGUAACACCAUACCUCUCCGGGUGCGUCACGCAGCCUACCAUGUCCGAAACACAGCAGAGGCCCAGCAAAGAGGCAAAAAAGACCCAGCCCCAAAACUGAUGUCAAAAAGGCGCUGUGCGGGAGGCCUCAGCCUACUCAGCUUACCUUUCCACAGAGUCCUACCAAGCACAGUUUGGGCAGCCGAAGGCCGUGGGUUACAGCUGCAAGCUGUGGGAUGGUGGAGGCUAGGGCGGCCCCACACAGGUUCAGCGAUGGCAGCGGGAAUGAGCCUAGCAACCAGACCCCAGGGCAGGCAGGAUGAGGAAAAAUAUUUCAAAACAGACACAGGCACUCAAAUCCCACAGCAGUCAGGGGCCUUUUGGUACACCUUGAAGACGUCAUUCCACGGUUUAAAAAAAAAAAGUUGCCAUUGCAUCAAUUCCCACUCAUGGUGACCCCAUGCCUGUCAGAGUCGAAUUGUGCUCCAUAGGGUUUGCAGUCACUGAUUUUUCGGAAGUAGACCACCAAACCUUUUCUAAGGCCCCUCUGGAUGGACUUGAACCUCCAACCUUUCAGUCAGCAGCUGAGCAUGUUCACCGUUUGUACCAUCAGGGACUCCUCAGUCCAUGUAGGUUUUUAAAAAAAAAUAGUGUUAAAAAAAUGUGAUCAGGUCGACAGCCUGGUUAUUGUUUUCACUGUAAAGCAGAGGACGUGUUGUUGAUCCAAGCCGCUGAUAGCCCGAGCUCCAGCUGAAGGCUGUUUUAGCUUCUUGGUGAAAUGGCCCCCACUGGCUCCUGUAGACUCACUUGUUUUUCCCGUAACAUGUGUUGCUGUAUGUGAGGUGCUCUCUAACCGCUCUGGUUUUCCAUCCCCCCGCUUUUAUUUAUUUAUUUAUUUAUUUAGGCUUCUGAUGACUGUUCUGAGGAGCCCUGGUGGUACAGCAGUUAAAGCACUCAGCUGUUAACCAAAACGUUGGCGAUUUGAAGCCACCAGCAGCUCCGUGGGAGAGAAGACCUGAAGAUCUGCUUCUGUAAAGAGCAUAGCCUCGGAAUCCCUGUGGGGCAGUUCUGCUUUCUUCUGUAGAGUCACUGAGUCGGAAUCGACUCAGUGGCAGUGGGCACGGUGACUGUUGUACUUCUUGCAAUCUCUCAUGCAUUUAAAGUCUGUUUUGAUAGUCCACCCAACUUGGGUGAGAGGACUGGCUGGUAGCAAUGAUUUCUGGUGGAAGUGUCACCAUGACAACUCAGGAGAUGCUGGAAGCGGGCACUGUGUUAAUUCCGAGUCUUAACCCUUGCAGGCAACUCUGAAAUCUUUUCUUCAGAGGGAAAUGUGUCUCUCAUUGUUCCUCAGCUACAUCCACUCAGGUGAAUAAUUUCCUUCUCUGCAGGUUUAGAAAAAUAGAUUCGACAAUUAAUCUGAACUCUUUGUUUACACAUUUUAAUGUUUGCUCCUUCAGAGUGCUCUUUGACAGCCGGCAGUAUUCCCAGCUUCUCAGGGAAGCAGCAGGACCCUGGAAGUGGUGCUGUCCCAGUUCCAUUGUUUAGCGGGCCUCCCAGGAGCAGAAGCGCCACGCUAUCCAGGCAGUUGUCAUGCCCUCUUCCUGCCCAGCAGCCUUCAGUCACACCCCCAAUUGCCUGUCAGAUGAAGUCCAUAUCCUCGGUCUGCCCCGUGGGGAUCAUUACCCUCCAGCCACAUCCUACAUUUCCAGCCCCACUAACUUCUUUACACAGGACUGGGAGGUGAGGAAAGCACAGUCGUUGCUCAUCUUUCUGGGGAAAUCAAAUUGAACAGACAGGGCGCUAUCAAGAGCUAACGUGCCAACCCAGGAGUGUGGGGCACCGAUCCUGAUGUUGCUUCCCGCUUGGGUCGGGGAGGCUUCGUAGGCUGUGAUUGAAUGUGGCGGAUCAGGCAGCCCUCACAAUGCCCUGAAAUGCUGGGUGGAUAUCAAAAUAGACUUUUAAAUGCAUGAGAGCUUACGAGAAGUAGAAUAGUCACCAGAGGCUAAAAUAAAAAGGGGUAGGAAUCCAGACUAGUUAGAGGGUAGGUGUGCUACAGCUGCCCCAGGAUGGGGUGAGAGGGUGCUGCCAGUCUCUGGGCUUGUUUUUGGACACCCACAUAGGACAGAACAUAAGACCUUAUGCCCAUCACAAGUAGGGAGUAUGGAAUGAAGACACUUAAAUAAAGCCAGAGUUCUGAAAGUGCUGUAUUCUCAAACUUGAGAAGAAAAAAUUCUGCUCACAGCCCAGGAAACAACCAGAUACACCUCUUUCAAAGUCGGGGUUCUCCGGUGGGGGUGGAGGAUUUCUGCCUACUAACUUUUUACCCAGAGACAUUUCACAUUUGGAUUUUCAAGAACUAUAUCUUCUGGGAACCCAGAAACUGGGAAAUUAAUGUAGAAGAAUGUCAAAGGCUAUUAUUAAUUACCAUUAGGUCAAAAAGGUCAAAGGGAAAUCAGAAAAUACUUAGAGCUGAAUGGAUAAUAAAACACAACUUAUCUAAAUUUGUGGGAAAAUGCUAAAGCAGUGCUUAGAGAGCUAGCAUACCUUUAAAUGCACAUACUAGAAAAGAAUAAAGAUUUUAAAUUAAUAAUUUCCACUUUCAGAAGCUAGAAAAAGAUCAAACUAAACCCAAAGUAAGUAGAAGGAAGGAAAUAAAAAUGAAAAGAAGUCAAUGAAACAGAAAAUGGACACAUAAUAGAGGAAACAAACGUGGGUUUUUAAAAGAUCAGUACCACUGGUAAAUCUCCAGCUAGGCUAAUCAAGAGAGGGCAGAUGGAGAGAGAGAGAAAUUACCAGUUCCAUUAACAAACGAGAGGACAUCACUCGAGGUCCUUUUGUUGUUAGGUGCUGUUGAGUACAUUUUAAACUCAUAGCGACCUCGUAUGACAGAGUAGAGCUGCCCCGUAGGGUUUCCUAGGGUGUAAUUUUUACAAAAUCGGAUCACCAGGUCUUUUUCCCGUGGAGCCACUGGGUAGGUUUGAACUGCCAACUUUUGGGUAGCAGCCGAGCACUUAACUGUUGCACCACCAGAGCUUCUUUCUACAGAUACUACAGACACUAAAAUGACAAUAAAGGAAUAUUAAUAGCUUUAUAACAAUAAACAGCCUGGAUGAAGUGGACCAGUUCCUCGAAGGAUGCAGAUUACCAACCAUUACACAAGAAGAAAUAGAAAACCUUUAAAGUCCUGUAUCUGUUAAGGAAAUUGCGUUAGUAAUUUAGAACUUUCCUGCAAAAACUACUACAGGCCCAGAUGACUUCAUGGGUGAAUUCUAUCAACCAUUUACAUAAGAAGUAAUACCAGUCUAACACUAACUCUUUCAGGAAGUAGAAGAGGAAGGGACACUUCCCAGCUCUUUUAUGGGGCCAGCAUAACUCAGAUACAAAACCAGGCAAGGACAUUAUGAGAAAAGAAAAUUACAAACUAAUAUCCCUCAUUACCCCGACACAUCAGUUUGUCAUGCUGUGGGGGCUUGCCUGUUGCUGUGAUACUGGAAGCUCUGCCACCUAUAUUCCAAUAUCAGCAGAUCAUCCAUGACAGACAGUUUUCAGCUGAGUUUCCAGACUAAGACAGACUAGGAUGAAGGACCUGGCAGUCUACUUCUGAAAAGAAUUAGUCAGUGAAAACCUUAUGAAUAGCAGCGAAACAUGGUCUGAUAUAAUGCCAGAAGAUGAGCUCCUCAGGUUGGAAGACACUCAAAAGAUGACUGGGGAAGAGCUGCCUCCUCAAAAUAGAGCUGACUUUAAUGACAUGGCUGGAGUCAAGAUUUUGGGACCUUCAUUUGCUGAUGUGACAUGACUCAAAACAAGAAGAAGCAGCUGCAAAAAACAUCCAUUAAUCGGAACAUUAAAUGUACAAAGUAGUUUGCUGAAGAUCAUUCAGAAGUGACUGUAGCAGUACAUUGAUAGGGAACUGCCAGAAAUUCAAGCUGGAUUCAGAAGAGGAUGUGCAACCAGGGAUAUCAUUGCUGAUAUCAGAUGGAUCCUGGCUGAAAGCCGAGAAUACCAGAAGGAUGUUUACCUGUGUUUUAUCAACUAUGCAAAGGCAUUCAGGUGUGUGGAUCAUAACGAAUUAUGGAUAACAUUGUGAAGAAUGGGAAUUCCAGAACAAUUAAUUGUGCUUAUGAGGGACCUGUACAUGGAUCAAGAGGCAGUCGUUUGAACAGAACAAGGGGAUACUGCAUGGUUUAAAGUCAGGAAAGGUGUGCAUCAGGGUUAUGUCCUUUCACCAUACUUAUUCAGUCCAUAUGCUGAGCAACUAAUCCAAGAAACUGGACUAUUAUGAAGAAGAAAGCAGCAUCAGGAUUGGAGGAAGACUCUAACCACCUUUGAUAUGCAGAUGGCACAGCCUUGCUUGCUGAAAGUGAAGAGGACUUGAAUAUAUACUGAUGAAAAUCAAAGACCAGAGCCUACACCUCAACAUAAAGAAAACAAAAAUCUCACAAGUGGAUCAAUAAGCUACAUCAUGAUAAACGGUGAAAAGAUUGAAGUUGUCAAGGAUUUCAUUAUACUUGGAUCCACAAUCAACACCCACGGAAGCAACAGCGAAGGAAUCAAAAGAUGCAUCGCAUUGGUCAAAUCUUCUGUAAAAAAAAAAAAAACCUCUUUAAAGUG